AUGACUGGGUGCAGUAGGGCUGGCAGUGGUACUGGGAGCGUGCACGUGCCUGUAGAGGCGAGCCGGGGCAGUGGGGUGAAAAUGGUGAGCCUGAUGGGGCAUGCUGUGGCGUUCCCCCCCUGCACUGCUGAUGCAUCGGCCACACCUGCCACCACGACAGCGGAAGCUGCUGCGUGUGCUGCAUGUGCGUGUGGUGGGCCUGGUUGUGAGCUGUCGCAAGGCUCUGGUCAGUGCCAGGCUGCGCUGGGGGCUGCAGGAGGAGGGUGUGUGGCUGAUGUUGCUGUUCCUACUGUGAUGAGCCGGCAGGCUGUGCGAGAGGCGGCACUGAAUAAAUUCAGGCAGAAGCGCAAGGACCGGUGCUUCGAAAAGAAGGUUCGUUAUCAGAGUCGGAAGCGACUGGCAGAGCAAAGACCGAGAUUUCGGGGUCAGUUUAUUAAACAAGCCCCUGCCGGUGUAGGUGCUGGAGCACCAAGUGAUUUGUUGAUAGCUGAUGGGGUCAUCUACCACAAGCAUUGUUUCCGGUGCUUUCAUUGCAAGGGCACUCUUAAGCUGAACAAUUUCGCUUCGCUUGAAGGUGUUCUGUACUGUAAGCCCCACUUCGAUCAGCUCUUUAAGAAAACUGGGUGCUACAACAAGAGCUUUGAGGAGGCAAUCAAGUCGGAGAAGGAGAAGACGGUGGCACCUGGAAGCGUGACAUCUACCACUGGCGUAUCGAGAUACGGAGGAGACAGCAAGAGGGUCGUCAAUCCUUUGGCAGCGAGGUUCGGCGGGACACAGGAGAAAUGCGUGGUUUGCAGCAAGACAGUCUACCCCUUGGAAAAGGUCAGUGUCGAGAACUCGACAUACCACAACCAGUGUUUUAAAUGCGUCCACAGUGGAUGCAAACUCACGACCUCGACGUACCAAGCACUGGGAGGAAAGCUGUACUGCAAGGCGCAUUUCCAACAGCUGUUCUUGAAGAAGGGCAAUUUCACAGAGUUGCAGCGUGAAACAGGCGACGGGGCUGAUGCUGGAUCACAAGCCGCAGCUGCGGUGACAUCUGUGUCCAUAUCCAAGCCCUCCACUGCCUCUCUUGCAAAAUCAGCCGCUGCUGCUUCGGAACCUCCUUCUAGUUCAGUCGUGAAAGACGAGGAGGAUUCAGAGGAGGAUUCUCCACCCCCAAAGCCCGUUGCUGCUUCAUCUUCAGCACCCCCCCCAGCUGCUGCAACCUCAACGCCAGUGAAGCCAGUUGAAGAGAAGAAACCGCCACCGCCAGCAGCAAAGGAUGAUACCGACUCUGAUGAUGAUAGCGACGACGAUAGCGACGACGACUCAGAUGAUAGCGAUGACUCCGAUUCUGAUUGA